AUGUCGGCAGCAUAUAAAUUGUUAGGGAGCAGGGAAGAUCUUCCAGCUCAUUCUGACAAGGAAUCAACCACCUCCGACGCCAGCAGUGCAACCAUUGGUCGUUCGUCCGAAUCCCCGACCAUAAACUCUCCCCCUGUACCACUCGCCAUAAAAUCUCGGAUCCUGAUGCUUACAUCUCGCGGAGUGUCUCAUCGCCACCGCCACCUCCUUGCCGACCUCAAUUCACUUCUUCCCCAUACCUACAAAGACACAAAGCUCGACACGAAGUCAUCAAACAACUACAACUCUGCGCUCAACGCUCUGGCCGAACUCCACUCAUGCAAUUACAUUUUCUUCCUUGAAGCUCGCAAGCACGGCCAGGACCUUUAUCUCUGGCUAGCAAAAGCGCCCAAUGGUCCUACGGUCAAGUUUAGUGUCAGCAACGUCCAUACAAUGGGAGAGCUAGGGUUUGGUGGCAACUGUCUGAAGGGUGGACGUGGUGUGGUAGUUUUUGACAAGAGCUUUGAGGACGCAGAGUUUAGUGGAGGUCAAGAGCACAAGGGGCUCGUUCGGGAGAUAUUACGUGGCGUCUUCUGCGUUCCCCAAAGGGGUGUCAGGGGCAAGAAACCGUUUGUCGAUCGCAUCACAGGAGUUUUUGGUCUGGAUGGCAAGAUAUGGAUCCGAGUAUAUGAGAUUCGAGAAGUAGGCAAGGAGAGUGAAGGUGGCGACAGGUCUAGCACGGAUGUCUCCUUGGUAGAAAUUGGUCCAAGAUUCGUGCUUACACCCAUUGUCAUUCUGGAAGGAAGCUUUGGAGGUCCAGUUAUCUAUGACAAUAAGGAGUUUGUUAGUCCGAAUCAGGUCAGAAGCGAGGUCAGAUUGAAAAAAGCAGGGAGGCACAUCAGACGAACCGACGACAAGAAGGAGAGAGUGGUCAAACGAGGAGCGCUCGGUCUUGAUUCCCGAGGACGAAGGAAGCAGAACCCUCUGGACAAUCAUGUAUUGUUCAAAUAA